CUAAAUAAACUGCUGUGUCUGGCAGCCUCAACAGACCGCUCUGGUCCAUUUGGACCUGCCAUAUUGGAUAACAGCAGUAAGACAUGUGACCUGACUGUGGCAGCCUCAACAGACUACUCGGCGGCCUCAAAAGCUUUAAUACUUGGAUCGGGCGGCAGAGAACGUGCUGGAGCAGACGGAGAAGUUGGAGUGGUGCAGCAGCAGUCGAAGUAUGUUGGAGCGGUACAGCAGCAGUCGGAGAAGUUG